AUGAAAUAUCAGUCUGUCGGGAAAAUAACGGCGGAUCGUCGCGCCUUGGAAUCGCCCAUCAUCGCUCUGCGACUGAUAGCCGCGGCUGGGGAUUUGGUGCGCGACAGCGGCGAGACAUUUUGCUGCGACAACCCGCCGUUAUUUUCCCGACAGACUGAUAAAAGGAUGUAAACGAGAAUAGAUUGGUCCGAUCUUCCAGUUCGACGAUGAAUCGGCCGAUUUUGACCAUUUUUUGUUGAUUUUUCCGUCGUAAGGCGCGAGGAAAACGAAACCACCGUGCAAGCAACGACCCCAGCGGCCCACAGCACGGCUUCCACCACCGUAACUACGACUUCGCCGACAACUACCACAACUUUCACCACAUCUUCUACUCCAACGGAAACUACAACACGAGCGCAAAAACUCCGGGAGAAGUCGGUAAGUUUCAAUGGCGAUCGAACUGGGGGUUUCCUACUGAUUUUCCAAGUACUUCGAUGCUGAACAUCUUGUAAUAAAGUUUUCUUCACAACCGAGAUCGUACUGUCUGAUACUAUAUAGUACGAAGUGAAAAUAUGGCUUUUGACGUUAAUGGUGUUGUUUUGAUGCUUAGUACUCUUCAGAAACACGUUUUAAAGACUUGGUGCUAUAUAGUACUAUCUGAUACUAUGUAGUACGAGGUGUAAAGUUGGCCUUUGGGCGUUCGUGGUGUUGUUCUGGUGCUUAGUACGCCUAUUUUUACUUCGUACUACAUAGUAUCAGACAGUACUAUAUAGCACCAAGUCUUUAAAACGUGUUUUUGAAGAGUACUAAGCAUCAAAACAACACCAUUAACGUCAAAAGCCAUAUUUUCACUUCGUACUAUAUAGUAUCAGACAGUACUAUGUAGUACUAGAGGAAAAAUGAACAUCAUUUUCGAAAUCAGCACCCUCGAAAACCCCUAAAGCAAGUUUUUCCCGAAGAGAAUCAAAGAAUUUUCAUCCCGGGGUCGCUUUACCCCAUUUUGGGUCGCAAUCGAGCGGGGUCGCAAUCGAAGGAUUCCAAUUUGGGGGCGCGACGUCCAAACCCCGAACUUUCGCACGGUGCAAAAUGUGUCAGGACUUUAUGUCGCGACUAGUAUGAAAAAUCGAAAUUCCCAAGAUUUCGGAUUUUUGGAGCAAAAUUUCCAUAGCUUGACUUGAAAGUCGACUUAUUCGACCAAACAAUCGAUUAGGAAGUUGGGCCCAUAAGUUGGUCAUUUUGAACUCUUUACUAUGCUGUUUGGUCGAGUUUCCGUUUUGAUGUUUACGGUGAGUUCAUUUCCGAUUUUUCAGUUGAUUUAUUCUUCAUUUUCGGUGCGCCAUCGUUCAAGUCAGAUGCGAUCUAGCUUGGUCCAAAGAUUACCCAUUGCCAUAUCGACUCAACUUCACGGACAAGCGGCGCUUUGAGAUUGGUAAGGGAUCCUGUGUGUGUAGAGAGAUGGUAUUGAAACAGUCAAAGCGGGUUUGGAAAAGAAAUAAAAUUGGGCGAGCAAGGAAGCCGUGUGGAUCUUAAAAAUCAAUUUUUUGUAUUGCGAGCUAUUAUUUUGCAUUGCGUCCCGACUUUUUUGGGUCAACACAAAAUUGAUCGGUACGUGCCGUAGGGCAGGUGGAUGCCCAAAAAAAUGGUAGUAGGAAGUGCCUACGAGGCCUGGCAAAGCCAUUAGAUGGUUGGCGGAGGCUCGGCGCACACUUGGCGGAGACUUGCUUUAUGUCCUCUUUUUCUAACCUUAGCUAUUACUAACAGUAGUUUUCUUUACCCUGAGUUUUUUGUAACAUGUAAGAGACCAAAAUUUGCGAGGAAAAACGAAGAUCCGUAACUUUUAUCUAGAUAUUAUUGAUGUGAGUACGUGUAAAAUACCUCAAAAUAGGUGAUAUGCUAUCCUCCCGAUCAGUCUUGUUAUUUCUACUAAAUAAGCCUUCUCCUGGCCUCCCCCAUGCGUACAACGACAACCGACGCGAUCCAUAGUAUCGUUGACCCGAACUGUCACUGACCCGAAAUGUCGUAGCGCCAUGUUAUUCUAGAAAUUGAUCUUUUUGCUGACUAACCCUCCCUAAACUCCUUUUUCCAGGCUGCAUGGUCGUAAUCUAUGUUCGACUGCAAGAGGGCACCAUGAUUAAUUUGAUCGAUGAGAACGGUGACGUAAACUUUCACGUCGUCGUUCACUGGUGGUCGAUCAUUUUGAAUUCGAGGUUCCGCGGCGCCUGGGGUCAGCAGGUCGUUUUCUGCGAGGAAGUAGUCGUCCACCCGGACUGCGUAAACCACGGCGAUGAAUUUAAAAAAUCGCCAAAUUUUACGGUGGUAGAAAUAACUCAAACACUUUUAUUUGGUGUACAGGAUGAGCCAAAAAACAGGCCCCCGGAUCAAGUGGGGGGCCGGGGUGCUCCGGUUUCGACCAUGUAA